UUGGACGAUCAGUUGGACGAUCAGUUGGUCGACCAGUUGGACGAUCAGUUGGUCGAUCAGUUGGUCGACCAGUUGGUCGAUCAGUUGGACGAUCAGUUGGUCGAUCAGUUGGACGAUCAGUUGGUCGAUCAGUUGGACGAUCAGUUGGUCGACCAGUUGGACGAUCAGUUGGACGAUCAGUUGGUCGACCAGUUGGACGAUCAGUUGGACGAUCAGUUGGACGAUCAGUUGGUCGAUCAGUUGGUCGAUCAGUUGGUCGAUCAGGUGGUCGAUCAAUUGGACGAUCAGUUGGACGAUCAGUUGGUCGAUCAGUCGGUCGAUCAGUUGGACGAUCAGUUGGACGAUCAGUUGGACGAUCAGUUGCCCAACCAGUUGCCCGACUAG